UAAACUAUUCUUCAUAAAAACCAAUAUUUACUUAGCUUUUCUUUACAAAUUCUAAUAUGUUGAGUCAAUGUUGUUGUUGUAUCGGCAAAAAACAUUCCUGAAGUAAUUGGGAGUAAUGCUGUCGAGUUAACAAUCCUUGACCGAAUAAAAAUUGGGACCGUUCCGGUUAUGUAGACCCAAACCUCUGAUGAGCUAUAAAGUCGCUGAUGUUAUAAUUGCUUGAGUAUACCUGAAGCCGCGUUAAGGUUGAAUAUAAAAUAAGAAAAAAAUAGAUAAUGUUUGCAUAAAUAUUUUCUAAUCUAUUAAAGUACUAUCUAUAAUCUAGUUAAAAAAGUAGAAGGUGUGUAUUUUAAUACUUUUCGAAAAUAUUUACAAAUGUAUUUGCAACCCUAUUUUCUUUCCUGCUUCAACAAAAAUUUGACAUUUCAAAACUUCAUUGGGUACAUAAGGAGAUAAAAAUGACAACAAAGAAAAUUGGAAGAAUUGAAAAUUUUUAAGAGAAAUUUAAAGAUUCGAAGUGUUUUUUAUUAGUUGUGCAAAACUUAAAUUGAUUUGUGCUAGAUUAUUAUGGAACAUUAGUUUCUAUUUGAGAGGCUAUCUUAAGUACUGGAAAACUUUUAUGUGAAGUAAUAAGGCGACAAAAUGGAACAAAAUUCUGUGGACCCAUUUGCUUCCGAAAACAGCGGAACUGCCCGCUUUGUGGAUAAGUUAGUUGAUAAUGGUUUAGCGGGUAGCGGUGGUGCGUGCAGCAGCAAUAGUGCAACUAUAAACGCCACGCAUGAAUUUCAAACCAUGAAACCGGGUUUGGGACAAAAGCCCGGUCAAACGUCGGGACGAACUGAAAUACCGCAUAGUGAACUAGUAAAGAUGCUCUAUUUUUUGGAGGGUGAGCUUCAAGCACGCGACGUCGUAAUUGCUGCAUUACGAAAUGAACGAGUCAAACAAUAUAUAACUCAACUGCGUUCGAAACGUGUGCAACCAAAUGAUCCGUAUGCGGCAAUUUUCCGUGAUAAAAUAGCACUAGCCGGCAAUAUGAUUUCGCGAGAAUCAUCCACACAAGCGGCUCAAGCAGAAAUGGAAGUACGACAAAUAAUUGAACAGCAAAUGGAGCAACAAUAUCAAAUGGUUAGCAAACAACGUGCCACGCAUUUGCGAAUGGUGAACAUACUUACUGAGUCUUUGGAGAACAAUCAACGGAUGUUGCAGGAAUUAGAAGAAGAAAAGCGAAAACACGAACAUGAUACAGCUCAGGGUGAUGACAUUACCUAUGGCUUAGAACUAGAGCGGACUAAGUUACGGCAAGAGUUGGAAGAGGAACGAGCGCAAUUGAAAAAAAUGGAAAAAGAAAUGAAAAAGCUACAAGAAACUUUGGAUUAUGAACGUAAUCGUCAAAAGCAAAUUGUUCUCUUGCUUAUAGCUGAACGUAAAAAGAUUCUUAUGAAGUACAUUGAAGAGGGUAAACGGUCAGAAGACUUGGCGCAAAUAUUAGCAGAGGAGAAACAACGCUCUGAUACUAUUGCGGAAGGUCUGGAAGAAGAGAGUAAAAAGUCAUUACGUAUGGAAGAGGAAAUGGAAAAGCAAUCUGCUGCUUUCGAUAAUGAACGCAAAACUCUCAAAUUGACGGCUGCCAAGGAAGAGACGCGAGUUAAAGAGCUCGAACAAGAGGUUGCGUUGCUGCGUGCUGAGAAUGAGGCUUUGAAGAAACAGCAGCAGAUACUACAACAAAGUGUGGCGGCUGGUGUAAGCGGAACACUUGUUGGCGGUGCCAAAGCUAGAACUCUUAGUGAUGAUGCAUGUGCUACACCAAUGGUAAAUAUUGCGAAAAUCGUGCAACCAACAGCGACUGUAACGAGUGUACCCGUUUCUGGGCCAACAACCGGCAUUGCACGUGCACCCGGCCAAACAUUGCGCAGCGGUGUUGGCAACGCACUGCCUGCUAUAGCAGUAGCACAAUCAGUUGCAGCUGCCAUGCCGCUACAAACAGUUGCAUUAGCUAAUGCAGGCAAUAUCAUCGGUGAUAGCGCAACAACUGUAGCUGCUGCAAUAUCAGCAGCAAUUACCUCAACAGCAAACAAUUUAACAACCGGCACUGUCGGUGGUGCUGUUGGUCCGAUUGUGGCAAGUGCACCACCAUCACCAUCGCCUGUGAAAAUGCAGCCAACAGCAACUAUACAGCGUGCCCCAGGUGGUAAAUAUGCAGCUUUGGCUGCAGCCGCUGCCGCAUCGCAUUCGCUGGAUCAGACGGCGACGGCGCCACAUCCAGUGCCAAUUGCUGUACCACCCGUUACAGUACCACCGGCUGGGGCACGUGGUGCACCACCACCUAUACCACCCAAUAAACCCAUUGUUCCGCCAAAGCGUGAACCAUCGCUGUCGCGUUUAAGUUCGAUUGCUGUGGCUAGUGCUGUCUCCGGCACGGUUGGUGUAAAUUCAGCUAAUUCGGUUGGCAUUUCAAACGCUACACCCAAUACAAAAUUAAAUUAAAUACGCUAUAACCGCCAACACUGUAUACUGUUUCCGUAUAAACAACUUAAUAAGAACGCGACAAAUCUAAGAUUUACACAUAAAAUCGGUAUUCAAUUACACAAAAAACUAAAUCAACUAUAUAACUGUUAAAUGCAUGUGGAUAUAUGCGUAAGUUGGCUUAGAAGUUUAUCUUUUCGGUUUGUGGAAAAUUAGUUUAAAAAUUAAAAUUAAAGAAUUCACAUUAUACCUCGGUUCUUAUAUGAGCAUAACCAGUACACAUUAUACCAUAUUGUUGGUAUAAAUGUUUCAAUUUUAAUUUUAUGCGGGCAACGCUGCUUGCUCUGCAGCUUGUGAAAUUCAUAUAAGCAUUAUUAUUAUUAUAUUUUAUUUAAGUUUCGUGUACAAAACUGUGUAAACGUAACAUAGAAAGUUGUUUUUGUAACAACACCUGCUUUCUGUAACUGUUAGCACAGUAGUAUGCUACACUUAUGGUAUAUAUUGUGAAAUUUGUGCAACCAACAGUAGUGUUCCUAGGUGGGGUGUAUUGACUAAGCUCCAGGUUUUUUAUUUAACUAAAAUAUUACAAAACUCUUAUUGACAAGUAAUUUUCGAAUUAUUUUUAUUUCUUUUUUUUUUCAAAAGUUUAAUAUAUAUUUUAUACCUACGAUCUUGCUUUUAUAUAAAAUAUUUACAAUGAACAAACCAAACAAAUCUCUACCCUGUAGUCACUAUUAUACUCUCCAACAAAACAAAAUCGAAAAAUAAUCAUGGCCAUAUAUACAUAGUUGUAUAAUUAAUAACCGCUAAAACAUAUAUGCGUUACUAAUAACAGUUAUAAAAAAAAAUUGCAAAAUUCUAGUAUUAUAUAUAAACAUACAUAUAAAUAUUAAUUUGAAAAAAUAAAACCAUAAAAAAAAUAUAACUUAACUGAAAGUAGUAAACGCUUGCUCGAUUUGGCGAGUGAAAAACAAAAGUAAACAAAAAACAAAAGGCAGCAGAAGAAAUUGUUAAUGAGGCAAUGCGUCAAUGCGCAAAAGUAUUACAUACAUACAUUCACACGUAAUAACAAAGCAACUAAGAAUUAUAUGGUGAUUGACGCCAGCAAAAAUGAAUUACGGUAUUGUGAAUUACCCGCAUCUAUUGUGUGAAAAUUUAAAUAUAUGUUAAGCUUAAUGCCCUUUUGUUGUAGUUUCCUAUAGUUUGAAUAUAUAUAUAUAUAUAUAUAUAUAUAUAUUAUAUAAUGAAAGUUAUGUGGUAUGAUUUUUACAUAAUAAGUAGUUCUACUCCUUUACUUUAAGUUUAUUUCUUUAAAUGGUAGUAUACUCGCCCGAUAUACAUUUAGUUUUGUAUUAAGUAAUUACGAAAUAAACUUUUGGAAAGCAUGUUUCCAACGAAUUUGUCAGGAUAUUUUGACACAUAUGACUCAAUAAGAUCGCAAUAUUGAACCACUUGACUUUAUCCUACCUACAUUUUUUAUGUAUUUAUAAUUAUUAAGUCAUAUUUACUGUAAACAUUACGAAUAGUAACGACGACAGAGCCAAUGUAGAAGCCGACUAAAAAACCACAAUCAGAAACAACUUAUUAUUUUUUAUGUCUAAAUGCGGCGUGUAAACAAUUUGUAUUUAAGGUUUAAAUUUUAAACAAUAAAUAUUGAAUGAUAAAUAGUAUUCAACC